CUAUUUUAAAAUGGCAACGUUUUUUGGUGAAAUAUUAUCUGUUUAUUCAAGAGCAGUUGAAGAAGAUGAUCAAGAUGAUAUUGAGGAGGAAAACGAAGAAGACGCGCAAAUUCGAAGAGAAGUAGAGGAGAAGAGGGAAGUCCAUGUUCACUGGUCUGUAGAGGUCUUACAGUCCAAUCCCAGCCAGGAAACACUCCACUGCUCUGACCUUGUAAUAGCAGUCGGUGCUAAUGCCACAGGGUUUCUGUCCGCUUACGUUCUAAAUUCGGGGAGCUGGUCUCAAGUUGGAUGGGUGUCUCUAUGGAAUGAGAGAAGCAGAGGCACAAGCAGACCGACCCGUGCCCCUCUGCCAGAAGAGCCAGGCUGUGUGAUCUAUCGGCAGGAUCAGUGCCCCUCAGUCAUGAUAUGUCAAUCCACUUGCUACAUUGCAGAAGACCAGUUGUUCCAGUGGACAGAAAAGGUCUUUGCAUGUCUUCAGAAGAGAGGGCUCAGUGUCACUGUGUUGUCUGACUCCACUGUGGCUGAGUACAAAGCUCCAAACUAUGUGUAUGGGAGCGGCAGCCCAUUCCUCCGAGCACUGAAGACCAGUGCGCACAAAGACAAGAUUCCCUGCCCUCUGCUGGAACAACCAAACAUCGUCGCCGGACUUCCAGCUGCAGUGCUGAGCCAUUGCCAGAUUCAGCGAAUCCCUGCUGUCCUUUAUCAGUGCUAUAGUGAUGUCAUCUACCCGGACUCUGUCACUAUGGAAACAUACAAACCAGCCCUGUCAUCUUUGAGCAAGCUUGUAAAGCUGGAUCCAAGUCCAAGUGCAGAAAUCCUCCAGAAGUUAACAAAAAUCAGUGAUGCUCAAAGUAACCUGUAUACAUAAAUAUGGAUCAUACAGAAC